AGCUUCACUAUGUCGAAACACUUUAGAAAUACUAAUGACUAUUUAUAUAAAAAAAUAGCUUUUUAAAAGCAAGAAAUAAACAAACUUCAUAUUUAAACUAGUUUCUUAUAAAGACAUUGGACUCAAAGUGUUAACUCAAAGUGAUUUAACAACAGAGAGAACCAUGGUACCACUAAAGAGAAGAAAAGUCCUCUCCUCUGGUGCUGGGAGCACUGGGACCACUGGGAGCACAGGGAAUACUGGGAACACUGGGAACACUGGGAGUGGACAUGAAGUAACAUUUCCAUCAAAGUUCCCUCAGGUUGUUUUGUUCCUGCUGGAGAGAAGAAUGGGAGCCAGUCGAAAAGCGUUCCUGUCUCGGCUCGGUCGAGGGAAAGGAUUCCAGGUGGAGGAGACCUUCAGUGAAAGAGUCACACAUGUGAUUUGUGAGAACAACUCUGGUGAUGAGGUCAGACGUUGGUUGGAGUCUGAGGUCAGAGGUCAAGGCCGAACACCGGCUCACCUGCUGGACGUCAGCUGGUUCACGGAGAGCAUGAGGGCCGGACGUCCCGUUGAAAUACUGGACGGACACAAACUACAGGAGCAGCAGAUUGAAGAAGAGGAGGUCGUUGUGGUUUCUGUUCCCGUCUACGCCUGUCAGAGACGGACGACACUGGACAACCACAACGCCGUCCUCACCGAUGCGUUGUCUCUUCUGGCUGAAAAAGCUGAGCUCAGUGACGAGGAAGGUCGAGGCGUCGCGUUCCGUCGAGCCGCCGCCGUGUUGAAGGCUCUACCCGAACCGGUGACGGACAUGAAGCAGCUCAGAGGACUCCCAUGUUUAGGAGGACAUUCACUCAGAGUCAUCAAAGACAUUUUGGAGAACGGAGCGUCGAGUGAAGUCGAAGCUACGAAGAAUUCUGAGCGGUUUAAAGCACUGAAGGUGUUAACAGGUAUUUUUGGAGUCGGAGUCAAAACAGCAGAGCGGUGGAUCAGAGACGGGAUUCUCAGCCUUCAGCAGCUCCAGGAUUCAGGACAAACACUGAACCGAGCUCAACAGGCCGGUCUGCAGCACUACGAAGACCUCAACCAGCCCGUCACCAAGGAGGAGGCCGACGCCAUCGCCGCCGUCGUGGAGGAAGCGCUCGCGUCCGUGUUGCCGGGGGCUCGGAUGAAUCUGAUUGGAGGAUUCAGGAGAGGGAAGCUGACGGGCCACGACGUUGACUUCCUGAUAACUCACCCAGAGGAGGGCCGAGAGGUCGGACUGAUGCCCAAAGUCGUCUCCUGGCUGGAAACUCAGGGUUUCCUCUUGUACCAGAAAACUACGAGGAACUCUUACCUGGAGGCCAAGGACGGUCCCGCUCGGCCCGCCUCCAACAUGGACCGCUUCGAGAGGUGUUUCUCCAUCUUCAAACUGUCCGAGGAGGUCAAAGGUGAAGGACUGAGACCGUGGAGGGCUGUGAGAGUGGACCUGGUGGUUUCUCCCAUCAGCCAGUUUGCUUUCGCUCUGCUGGGCUGGACCGGAUCCAAGUUGUUUGAGAGAGAGCUGCGACGCUGGGCCGGCCACGAGAAGAACAUGUCUCUGAGCAGCCACGCUCUGUUUGAUAACAAACAGAGUAGAUACCUGAGAGCUUCGUCAGAGGAGGAGAUCUUUGCUCAUCUUGGUCUGGAGUACGUUCCUCCGUCAGAGAGAAACGCCUGAACACAACUGAUGAGGAUCAAGAAGGAAUCAUCUGAGGGUUAGAACCUGCAGACAGGAAGUAAACGUACCAGAUAAGUGUCCGUUGAUGAAUAUAUUUAGAUACAAAUCCACAAGUUUUAACGUUUAUCAGACACCAAAAAACUGCAUGUUUUAUUAACUAUGAGACACAUUUUAAACUCUGGACUUAUCAGCAGUUAUUUUAUCUUUCGUUGCAACAAUCUCAAUUUUAAGGAAUACUUUGUGUUUACUGAGGGAAUAAAUCAAGAGAGAAGUAGAGUCAUUUUCUCAUAGACUUCUGUGUUGAUGAUAAACAGUUUGAUUCAUUAUAGGACUGUUGCAUUAGUUUUAUCUAUAGAUAUUAUCAAUUAAACAUUCAAACCUCAGAUAUUAAGUGUUGUGAUGUUGCUGCUAUGUUUUUAAAACAAGUGCCUGUAAAUUAAUCUGCUGAACUGUUAUACUUUGCAAUAAUAGGUGUACGAAUCAAAGGUAUAAUAUGAAUUGUAUACAUUAAAAUGUGUUUUAUAUGUUGUUGAUUUUGUACUCACAUUAUCACAAAUGUUUCAGACAAUUUUCAAACCAGAGAAAUCUGUAAUUUUAAUGAAGGUAAAA